AUGGCGGCGAAGAACGCGCUCCCGAAUAUCACGGCGGAGUCAAGGGUGGCCCCAGCUUGUAAGAAGUAUAGGCAUGCACCAUUGGAAUAUGAAAAUGGGUUAGAUGUCAUUUUUCAUAUGUCAACACUCAACAUGCACCAACGAAUCUGCGGAAUUUGCAUGAGUACCAGGUGUGGAUCGUAUGGGCAGUCCGGGUCUGUUGACAAUAAUUCACCUAUUGCAAUACCCAUUGGAGACAAGGGGGAAGUGAGUUGCUCAAGGAUAUAUCCAGCAAAGAAAUCUGUCAAGAAUCAAGCACUGAUGGGCUUCGUCCUAAAUCAAUGUCCCGAUGACCUAUCCACCAUUGAUAACAAAAUUACUAAAAAGCUUACAACUCUGGCUGCUAUCUCAAGCUCAUUAGGCAAGUGGGUUAAAACCAGUGUCACUGAUUUAUACAUCAAAGCCCCAGUAAAACAUGUGUGUAUGGCAGGAGAACAGGCUCAGGCACCAUGUAGCCCUAGGGACAGUGAGGAUGUUGAGAUAGCCAUUGGAUUCCCUAAGGAAACUGAGCCUAAACAAGGCACCUUGAUGGGUGUAUUUAUUCCAUGUCUGCAGAACAUCUUGGGAAUAAUAUAUUAUAUCCGUUUUACUUGGAUUGUGGGUAUGGGAGGCAUAUUGCAGUCACUUGUUUUAGUCGCAUUUUGCGGUGCAUGCACAUUUUUAACUGGAUUGUCAUUAAGUGCAAUUGCAACAAAUGGAGCAAUGAAGGGUGGUGGCCCUUACUAUCUAAUUGGUCGUGCACUUGGUCCAGAAGUUGGGAUUAGUAUUGGGUUGUGCUUCUUCCUUGGAAAUGCAGUUGCUGGAGCUAUGUAUGUGUUGGGAGCUGUAGAAACAUUUCUAGAUGCUAUUCCGUCAGCUGGGUUCUUUCAAGAGACUGUAACAGUGGUCAACAACACAUUAGUAAAUGGUACAACAAAAAGUGGUGCAACAACUAUAUCAACACCUAGUCUGCAUGACCUCCAGAUCUAUGGUGUCGUCGUGACCAUAUUACUCUGUUUUAUUGUAUUUGGCGGUGUCAAAAUUAUCAACAAGGUUGCACCUGCUUUCUUAGUACCAGUCCUCUUCUCAAUACUAUGCAUUUAUAUUGGCGUCUCCAUUGCACCAGAGCCUGGUGCUUCAAAGGGAAUCACUGGGUUGAGUAUCGUCACACUUGCGGACAACUGGAGUUCAGAGUACCAACCUACAAACAAUGCUGGGGUUCCUGAACCAAAUGGGUCGAUAUAUUGGGAUUUUAAUGCAUUGUUAGGACUCUUUUUCCCAGCAGUUACUGGAAUCAUGGCUGGUUCAAACCGGUCUGCUUCACUGAAAGACACACAGCGUUCCAUACCAGUUGGAACAUUAAGUGCUACCCUUUCAACUACACUGAUGUAUCUGCUAUCUGUGUUUCUUUUUGGAGCCUUGGCUACAAGAGAAGAGCUUCUAACUGACAGGCUUCUUGCUGCAGCAAUUGCUUGGCCUGGUCCAGCAGUAAUUUAUAUUGGAAUUAUUUUGUCCACUUUGGGUGCAGCACUACAGAGCUUGACCGGGGCUCCAAGGUUACUUGCAGCAAUAGCGAAUGAUGACAUCCUUCCCAUUCUUAACUGUUUUAAGGCUUACGAAGGGUCUGAGCCUCAUGUGGCAACUCUGUUUACAAGCUUCAUAUGUAUUGCUUGUGUUGUGAUCGGGAACCUGGAUCUGAUUACACCUACUAUCACUAUGUUUUUCCUUCUGUGUUAUGCUGGUGUUAAUUUGUCAUGCUUUCUGCUGGAUCUCCUUGAUGCUCCUAGCUGGCGCCCUCGUUGGAAGAUACACCACUGGGUCCUUUCGCUGAUCGGUGCAUCUCAAUGUAUUGUUAUCAUGUUUAUGAUCUCAUGGACUUUUACCGUGGUCUCCCUUGCCCUCGCAAGCCUUAUCUACUACUAUGUCAGCUUAAAAGGAAAGGCUGGUGACUGGGGAGAUGGAUUUAAAAGUGCAUACUUUCAACUGGCUCUGCGAAGCCUCCGAUCGCUGGGAGAUUUUGCCAAUUGCAUGAAGAAAAAGGGCCGUGGCAUGUCGAUUUUUGUCUCAAUCAUUGAUGGUGACUACCAUGAAUCAGCUGAGGAAGCAAAUACAGCUUACCGUCAACUUAGUGCCUAUAUUGACUAUAAGCAUUGUGAGGGUGUUGCUGAGAUUAUCGUUGCUCGCUCAAUAUCUGACGGUUUCCGCAGCAUUGUUCAGAUAAUGGGCCUAGGCAACUUGAAGCCAAAUAUUGUUGUCAUGCGUUAUCCUGAGAUAUGGCGUCGCGAGAAUCUAAUAACACAGAUACCAUCAUCAUUUAUCAGCAUUAUAAAUGACUGCAUUAUUGCUAACAAGGCUAUUGUUACUGUGAAAGGACUUGAUGAGUGGCCUAAUGAGUACCAGAGACUGUAUGGGACCAUUGACCUAUACUGGAUUGUGAGGGAUGGAGGACUAAUGCUUCUGCUAUCUCAGCUCCUACUCGCCAGAGAUGGUUUUGAAAGCUGUAAGAUUCAGGUAUUCUGCAUAGCAGAAGAGGGUACAGAAGCUGAGGAGCUAAAGGCUGAUGUUAAAAAGUAUCUGUAUGAUCUGCGGAUGCAUGCUGAGGUUAUUGUUGUGACCAUGAAGUCAAUGGAAGCACAUUCUGGGAUCAGCCCUAAUGCUAAGAAGGAUCCCCAAGAAGAAUACGCAAGCGCUCAGGAUAGAAUCAGAGCAUACCUUUCUCAGAUGAAGGAGACCGCACAAAGAGAAGGGCGGCCACUGAUGGAGGAUGGCAGGCAAGUCGUGGUAAAUGAAGAGAAGGUUGAGAAGUUCCUCUAUACGAUGCUAAAGCUGAAUACAACUAUCGUCAAGUACUCCAUGAUGGCGGCCGUGGUGCUGGUGAGCCUCCCACCACCACCUCUGAACCACCCGGCCUACUGCUACAUGGAAUAUAUGGAUAUGCUUGUCGUGAACGUCCCACGGAUGCUGAUAGUUAGGGGAUAUAGAAGAGAUGUUGUCACACUUUUCACGUGA